AUGUUCCAAGUGAAGGACUACUGCUUUGCUCGCGAGGAUAGAAUCGUUGGAGUUGGUGUUCUUCAACUGGCGAAUGUCGUCGAACAAGGUUCGUGUGCCAUGUGGGUGCAACUCGGACAACGACUGCACAUUGAUGAGACGGGCCUGAUCUUGCUGAGGAUACUGAGUCAACGGCAAACAGAUGAGGUGCACGUGAUUUUGUCCGGUUAA